AUGGGACUGCUCGUUCUUCAAAACAACCAGAACAUGGAAGCCGGCAGAGGGCCAAAAUGCCUCACCCACGAUGUCGGGCGACAAAAGUGCCAAUGGGUGUUGAAUGCACCUCCGCUGCAGCUCGCGGGGUCACCAUGGAUGCAAGCUAAGAUAGAGCACCUCGUACCGGUUCGGUACGACGUACCGUAUGGAUCUAUGAUAGCUCCGGUGGACCAAGUUUGGAAGCAGCUAAUGAGAUACUAUUUCAAACCGUUCUAUCCUUUCGUGGUCAAACUCGAUCAAGACCACAGAAUGGCGCCUCCCCCCAAAAACUGGAAUUCAAAAAAUUGA